GUCGAAACUCUCAUUAUUCAAAUCUCAAUAUAUCUAUAUCUAUAUAUAGUCGUUAUUAUUGUUUGUGUAAUUCAAAGGCUGUUUUUGUGAUUUGUUGUGAGAGAAUCGCGAUCAAGAUCGUUGAGAAUGGCGAGUGUUGCUGGGAUGAUUGGCCGAGGUUGUGGAUCUUCUUUGUGGAUCCAAUUGAAGAAUUCGAAGAAGAAGAAAGCGAUAAGGAAAAAUGACAGGGUUAGGGUUUAUACUGCUUCGUAUUCUGCUUUUUCUGCUGUCACCGAUCCCUACAAGACAUUGAGGAUUCAACCAGGUGCUUCUGAAUCUGAGUUCAAGAAAGCUUUCAGACAACUUGCUCUCCAUUAUCAUCCGGAUGUUUGCAGAGGAAACAAUUGUGGGGUUCAGUUUCACCACAUUAAUGAAGCUUAUGAUGUAAGUUCCCUACUCUUUUUGUACUUAGUGAUCCCAAAUGUCGAGGGUGAUGGUAGAGACGAAUGGGAAAUCAGAUCGUCCAUUGGCUUGGACUCAACGCUUGAUAAAUAA